GGCGCCCGCUCGUCGCCCGCGCCCGGGUGCUCACCGCUGCAGCCAUGCCCGAGAAGGAGCGCAAGACCACCUUCGCCAUGGAGGACCACGAGGUGGAGUUUGCGCCGCUCAACGUCGAGGACAACGGUGACGUGGACGUGAAGGCGCAGCCGGAGCGCGCUGCCUGGGGCAGCAAGUGGCAGUUCAUGAUGAGCUGCGUGUCGCUCUCCGUCGGCCUGGGCAACGUGUGGCGCUUCCCGUACCUGGUACAGCAGGACGGCGGAGGUGCGUUCCUGAUCCCCUACAUCGUGAUGAUGGUGCUGGAGGGGGCGCCGAUCUUCCUGAUCGAGCUCGGCAUCGGUCAGCGGCUGCGGCAGGGCUCCCUCGGCGUGUGGAACACCAUCCACCCCUGGACGGCCGGCAUCGGCGUCGCCUCCACCAUCGUCUCCUUCCUCGUCGGCCUAUACUACAACGUCAUCAUCGCUUGGUGCUUCUACUAUCUCUUCAACUCGUUCACGAAUCCGCUGCCGUUCGCCGUGUGCCCGACCGAGGGACCGAACAACACGGUGGUGGCCGAGUGUGCCAUGUCCUCGGAGACGGCCUACUUCUGGUACCGCAACGCCAUCGACGCGUCGUCGGCAAUCGACGACCCUCAGGGCAUCAAGUGGUGGAUGGCACUCUGUCUGCUGCUCUCCUGGGGCGUCGUCUACGCCUGCAUCAUGCGGGGCAUCCAGUCGUCAGGCAAGGUGGUCUACUUCACGGCGCUGUUCCCGUACUUGAUCCUGAUUAUCUUCUUCGGCCGAGCGGUAACCCUGCCGGGCGCAGGUGUCGGGCUGGCGCACCUCUUCACUCCCAAGAUGGAGAAGCUGAUCGAGCCCACGGUGUGGAUGGACGCCGCGACGCAGGUGUUCUACUCGCUCGGGCUCGGCUUCGGCUCUCUGAUCGCUUUCGCUUCAUACAACCCGGUGAAGAACAACUGCAAGCAGGAUGCCGUCUUCAUGUGCUUCGUGACAGUCUUCACGGCCACCUUCGGCGCCGUCGACAUCUUCGCCGUGCUUGGAUACAAGGCCGUUCAGAACUACAACAAGUGCAUUGCCCAUAACGUGGAGAAACUGGCUGUCGUGUACCCGGAGCAGUUCUUUGUGAACAUGACGUCAGAGGCGUACGAGGGAAUGCUGGGGCACCACGCGUUCGUCAACGAGAGUCGCCAGGCCCUGGGACUGCUGCACUGUGAUCUCCACGAGACCCUCGACCAGGCGGCCGAGGGAACCGGGCUGGCGUUCAUCGUCUUUACCCAGGCCAUCGUGGAGCUGCCCGGGUCCAACUUCUGGUCGGUGGCGUUCUUCAUGAUGCUGCUCGCUCUCGGCCUUGGCUCCCAGUUCGGCACGAUGGAGGGUGUCAUCACCAACCUCUUCGACAUGAACAUCCGCAUCAGGAAGGAGAUCCUCACCGGUAUCGUGUGCACCUGCUGUUUCCUGAUCGGCUUGAUCUUCACCACCGGAGCCGGUGAAUACUGGCUGAAGACUUUCGACGCCUUCGCCGGCACCGUAGGCCUGGUGGUGGUCGGAUUCUUCGAGCUCGUCAUCGUCAUGUACGUCUACGGCCACAGAAAGUUCACGGACGACGUCGAGCACAUGACGGGCAGUCGGCCCGGCAUCUACUGGCAGGUGUGCUGGCGCUUUGUGGCGCCUGUGCUCAUCGUGGUCAUUUUCGUCGCCAGCGUGAUCUUCCAGAUCAAGAACCCACCCACCUACACCAUCUGGAACGCCGUUGAGGCGAUUCCCGAGUCGCGCUUCUACCCUGGCCCGGUGAUGGCCAUCGCCGUCAUGCUGAUGCUGGCCGGCACGCUGCCCAUCCCCAUCGUCUUCCUGCUGCGCCGCUUCCAGUGUGUGAAGCUGGACACCGACAUACACCAGGCCAGCAUCAAGCGGAUAGACACGACCGCCUCCACCACGGGCAUGGUGCGGGAGGCUGAGAUGAGAGAAUAUACGGACACGCCCCACAACUCGGACGAGAAUAUGGAGGACGUCAAAUUCCACAUGGAGGUAGUAGACGCCUAGUGCGAGGGCGCGUGGCAGUGCGGCCGCCAGGCGCGAGAGGGCGCUGAUGUAUAGUGAACGUCGGCUGGGACCUGUGCAAUCACCAGAGACGCCAGCACCGGGAGAGACCGGCAUGUCCACAGCGACCGGGGCAGGAGGCUGGAGGCAGCCCCAGCGACUGCUCUCCGGCGACGCACCACCGCGCCAGCAUCCGCGUGCCUUUCAGCGGCGUGAGACAUCUGGCUACCGGUGGUCCGCCCGAACCGUGGCCGGCAGCUGUUGAGCCCAGGCGCGACUACUCCGUCGGCUGCUGGGCUCAGAGGUGGCUCGGUUGGUGCCGCGGAGAUCCGCUUUGGCCCUCCGUGGCCUCCUCUCGGCUUAGCCAGGUCCUUCCUCGACCUCCGGGCUGACCCGCUGGACGUCGGCGAGGUCGCCGCGCUAAAGCAUAGCUCAAACUAUUUUUGGCAGCGCUUGUUGGCGGGAAUAGAGUUGGACUUACUGUGGGGUUUGUAGCUCCCCGCCAGGUACGAAUGAGUCGAGUGAUGUUCGAGGCUUUAUCUAGUACACUGUGUUGGGAUUGGCUUCUGUGGAUAAUCUACCAAUGUUAGAGAACUCGUGACAGUCGGGCUAGCCGAAAAACGGCCGUGUUGGUUUUGACGAGGCUUCUAUCCCACACGUUCAGCGGACCCGUGGCCCACGUGAAGUGAUGUAGAGAGAUAGACUCGGUUCUAAGGACUGACUCUCGGCAGGCAGCACGGAAGACAAGUCCGAUGUGGCGUUGUGAUGUAAGUGUUGACGCGUGUUGGCAUAUUUCGACAAAUGCUCAGGAGCAUCAGACCUGUGAUGAUGUGGAUGUGUUGCGCGACACCUAGGCUGGAGGCAGAGGAGUUCAGACUUAUGUGACCGAGCAGACCAAGCGCAUCCCCUGCAUACAAUUGUCUCCAGGUUUGCCUGAAACGAGAGCUAGAAGUUAGUGUACCCAUGGACCUGGCUGCGAGUGGCAUGAAGCAUUACGCAGGAAAGCUGUGGCUAAAAUCAUUGCGGUUUUGUGUGACAGGGAGUACGGGCUCCGUCAGAUGAUGUUUGUGUAGCUGAAGAAGUGUGUUAGGUCUGUCAUUUAAUACAAAAUGGCGA